GCAAUUAUAGAUCAGGAAAUGACCCGCUGACGAAGCUUGCUUUUCUACACCAUGCUAUCUUGACUUUGCAAGUGAACUUUUCUGUUUGUGCAGUUAUGUUUCUGCGACCUUUCAUCCUUAGUCAGCAGCAUGGCUCUCUGAAACAUUAGGACUUUGUCCUGGCAAGCGUCAAUUUGUAGAAAGCUUUUAGUUGGUCUGCACUGCCUGGUUUAUAUAGCCAAACACCUGCUGAGCAAGCCCUGUGAGUAACUGUGCAUGCUUCUCCACUGGGGCUUUGCAGGGCGGGAGCACAAAGACUGUGAUUGUUACCCAAGAAGCCUGAGUCACACACUUCUACCAAUCGCCUUAGGAGGGCUGGUUACCAUGGAAUCCACCAUCUGUUCACUCCCCGCUGCCGGAAUGUGAUUAUCCUUUGGGGCUGGGAACAUAGGGUUAGCAGGGGAGCCUGUGUAGUGUGAGAUUAUCGGCAGUGCACUGGGCUAUUGGGAGAUUUCAUUCUGCUCACUGGAAGAACAAAUGAAGGGAGUUGUUCUCCAGCCAUUUGUGACUUGUAAUCACAAGGAAUAAAUCAGCUUUUCUAAGGCAUCAAUACUUGUGCAAAGGUUACUCCACCUUGUACGACAAGCAACACAACCACAGAAGCUCAGGGAAUAAAUGGGAGGACACCAGCAAAACGCUCCACUGCAAGUGCAAAGCCACAAGUGUUUUGUCAAGUUACAUUGAUUUGCAGAAAGAUUCUACUAUGAACCUCAAUAUUCCUCAAACUCUAGGACAGCCUGGGUUAACCUCCUCACCUCCACGAAAAUUUCUGCCCCAGCACUCUCCACAGAAGCAGGAAAACGACCCAGAUCAGACUCAGGGGCAACAUGGUUGUUUGGCCAAUGGUGUAGUGGCUGCACAAAACCAGAUGGAAUGUGAAGAUGAGAAGGAGACUACUCUUAGCCCAGAGAUGGCUAUUCAGACUGCUGCCGCCUCUCCUGAUACACAUGUGCUGAAUGGAGAAAGAAAUGAAACCAUCACAGAUUCUGCAUCAUCCAUAGCCAAUAGUCAUGAUGAAAAUGCUUCUGACAGCAGCUGCAGGACUCCAGGGACGGACUUAGGGCUUCCCUCAAAAGAAGGGGAGCCAGGGAUGGACGCUGAGCUCCAAGAGAGGGAAAAUGGGGUGAACACCAUGGGAUUGGAUACGUUGGACCAGCACCAUGAAGUGAAGGAGACUAAUGAACAGAAACUUCACAAAAUAGCCACUGAACUUUUACUUACAGAAAGAGCUUAUGUCAGCCGGCUCGACCUCCUAGAUCAGGUAUUUUAUUGCAAACUAUUAGAAGAAGCAAACCGAGGCUCAUUUCCUGCAGAGAUGGUGAAUAAAAUCUUUUCUAACAUUUCAUCAAUAAAUGCCUUCCAUAGUAAAUUCCUAUUACCUGAGCUGGAGAAACGAAUGCAAGAAUGGGAAACUACACCCAGAAUUGGAGAUAUCCUGCAAAAGUUGGCGCCAUUCCUUAAGAUGUAUGGAGAAUACGUGAAGGGAUUUGAUAAUGCAGUGGAACUGGUUAAAACCAUGACAGAGCGUGUUCCCCAGUUUAAAUCAGUGACUGAAGAGAUUCAGAAACAGAAGAUCUGUGGAAGCUUAACGCUGCAGCAUCACAUGCUGGAGCCUAUUCAGCGCAUUCCUCGCUAUGAGAUGCUCCUGAAGGACUACCUGAAGAAGUUGUCUCCUGACUCCCCAGACUGGAAUGAUGCAAAAAAGUCACUUGAAAUUAUAUCUACAGCAGCAAGCCAUUCUAAUAGUGCAAUAAGAAAAAUGGAGAACCUGAAGAAACUUUUAGAAAUUUAUGAGAUGUUGGGAGAAGAAGAGGAUAUUGUAAAUCCCUCAAAUGAACUAAUAAAAGAAGGACAAAUCCUCAAACUAGCAGCUCGGAACACAUCAGCACAAGAGCGCUACCUCUUCUUAUUCAACAACAUGUUGCUAUAUUGUGUGCCCAGAUUCAGCUUGGUUGGCUCAAAAUUCACAGUUCGAACCAGAGUUGGCAUUGAUGGAAUGAAAAUUGUGGAGACUCACAAUGAAGAAUAUCCACACACUUUCCAGAUAUCUGGGAAAGAAAGAACCCUGGAGCUGCAGGCCAGUUCUGAACAAGACAAGGAAGAAUGGAUCAAGGCCCUUCAAGAAAGUAUUGAUGCUUUUCAUCAAAGGCAUGAAACUUUCAGAAAUGCAAUCGCAAAGGAAAAUGACAUUCCCCUAGAAGUUUCUACUGCUGAGCUGGGAAAACGAGCUCCAAGAUGGAUACGUGAUAAUGAAGUGACCAUGUGUAUGAAGUGCAAAGAGUCCUUCAAUGCACUGACCAGAAGGCGGCAUCACUGCCGGGCAUGUGGACAUGUGGUUUGUUGGAAAUGUUCUGACUACAAAGCUCAGCUUGAGUAUGAUGGUGGAAGAUUGAACAAGGUUUGUAAAGACUGUUACCAGAUAAUAAGUGGAUUCACAGACAGUGAAGAAAAGAAAAGAAGGGGCAUUUUAGAGAUUGAAUCAGCAGAAGUAUCAGGAAAUAGUGAGGUGUGCAGUUUCCUUCAGUACAUGGAAAAGUCAAAGCCUUGGCAGAAAAUCUGGUGUGUGAUCCCCAAGCAAGACCCCCUUGUGCUGUACAUGUAUGGCGCUCCUCAGGAUGUCAGAGCCCAAGCGACCAUACCCCUCCUGGGCUACGUUGUGGAUGAUAUGCCUAAGAGUGCAGAUCUGCCACAUAGUUUCAAGCUGACCCAGUCCAAGUCUGUGCAUAGCUUUGCUGCAGACAAUGAGGAACUGAAACAGAAAUGGCUGAAAAUCAUCCUUCUAGCUGUCACAGGUGAGACACCAGAUGGCCCAAGUGAGCAUCUAGCCACCUUGAACAAUCUCCCUGGACCCAAGAAAAAGUCAGAAUGCUAAACUUCAGCAGCUGCUAGUGUGGAGUUUCCAGUAAUACACAUAGCUCAAGACAUCCCCAGCUCUCCUUCCUUGUCUCUUAGCACUUUGCAUUGAGAAAUAUGGUUUCAUAAACACAUCUUUUGGGGACUUCUUUCAUAUGUUUAUAUAUAAUAAAAUCAGUAUGCAGAGCCAUUCUUCUGUUGAAGUUCUAAAAUAAUGUGGAAAAUGGAACCUUUUUGAUAAGCUAUUCCUUAACUGUGUAUGUUUGCCUUGAGUGGGUUAAAAAAUGUUAACUGUCGAAUCACUACCUGGUUAUAAUGGGCCUUUCAUUUAAGAAAUCCUUCAUUGUCUUGUUCACAUGUAGAACUUGUAAGAGUGUGAAAAAUAUACCUCCAUGUAACCAAAAUAGAUCUAUGGUAAAAAGUACAGGGACAGUUUAGAGUAUUGUAUGAACUUGUCUAGUUUGUAAGUCUCAUGCUAUGUAAAUAGUUUCUGUUCUUAUACAACACAAAAAAUUAUAGGUUCCUGAUGUUGAUACUUUUUGACUUAAUAUAAUACUUGUUUUGUAGAAUUACUCCUAAUAAUAAAAUAUCUAAAAUACAAAUCAAUUUGCCUGUAUAUAAUAUUGAAAAUAAGUAUGAAUAUGUCAGCUUUCUCUUCAGCUUUAGUUUUGUUUUCACUCUGGUUAAUUCUUUAAAUAUAAAACCUAUUUUAUUUCUAAACUUAGCAGUGUUCUAAAUUUAAGAAAAAUUGGUAAGUUAUGUUGAACUGAUUAGAAUCUAAGUGUAUUGAUAUUUUUAUAGUAAAAAAGAGUAAUUUAUGUGGUGUCAGAUAUAGUGUGAAUUUCAACAGUAUUUUUAGAGUACUAUUUUUCUUUUGUUCUGUACCUAUUUAAAACAGUGCCUCUCUUAGAAGGUGCUAUUAAUUCUUAUUUAGAUAAAAGAUGAGGGUUUAGUAAAUAGUAACUAAACAUUAUUAUUUUUAACUACUCUGCUUAUUCUCAACUUAAGUGCACUUUGGUCACAGAGAUUAAAAUGUAUGGCUUACUUUACAUUUUAUAUUAACAUAAUUGUCAUGGUAAUUUAAUGUCAACAUAUGCAAAAACUUCCUAAAACUAUAUAAGACAUCUGACCUUAUAGAGCCCUGGGAUAUAUGGAAGACGCUGGUUUACUGUUUACUGUCCUCCUUUCCAUUGGACUGUUAUGGACGGGUAAAUGAGGACAACAUCUAAUAAACACAAGGUGGCUGGGUGAGCUUUCCUUCUGUCAGCUACAAAGCGGAGCUCAUGCGUGUGCCAGCUUAUCUGGGAGAAGAGAGUUAUUAGUAAAGGAAAUUUAUGCUUAAUCAUUCACUAGAAAAGAUAGAUGAAACCAGGAUUUCAGAAUCAAUAAUGGCAGAUUUCUAUGAGAUGGGAAGCACUAAAGAAACUGCAGAAUUCUCCCUUUUUAUCCCAUGGACUCUCAGAUGAACUAUGGCUGUCUAUUAGGUUGUGCUUGUGACUAAAAUCUUAUGUUGAGUUUACUGUUUAAGUUAAUACUUUUCUCAUAUUAGACUUUUUUCCUUUCUUUUCCAUUCUCCAAACAUUACCACUUUUACUGUACUGUUUACUAGGAAUCCAUAGAAUGUCUUCACUACACACAAUCUUUAAGGGCUACACUUGAGAUGUAGAGUACAAUUUAUCAGAAAUUGAGACCACCAUACAUUUAUACACCUCAUGUUGCACAAGAAACGUCUCAUUUUUUUUCUACUCCAAAGGAGCAAGGGAACCAAUUAGGUUGCUUUCCUCCAUGAAAUACCAGACAUGAACAUUAACAUUAAACCAUCUAUUUAGAAUCACUAAUGGGCAAAACACAAAGCUAUCUCCUUAUUCCCUACUAAAUGAGAGUCAUAUAGAAAGAAAUUGUACAUUGUUUCUCUUUUCUAGUUGUCAGCAUUGAUGCUGUGUUUGAGUGGGAGGAAAGAAACCAGGUGUGAAGGGUACCUAUUGAUAAAAUUAAACAAUAACUAUACAUCUUACUUUAUUUUUCAUAUUUCAAGAAAAGAAAAGCAGUAAAUAUGUAGAAUGACUAUCAGAAUAAGGAUGACUUCUGUAAAUAUAAGCAGAAUAAUGAGUGAACUGUCUCACUUAGAAGAUUUAUGUCAGAUAAUAUUUAAAAAAAAAACUAUUUGAUCAGCAAGAAGAGUACAUGUUUGCCUACCAGCAAAUUCUUGAAUAGAAGGAAUAUGAUUAGAUAUUCAGUGUAGUUCAACUUAGAUUAUUGAAAGGAUACUCAUAAAAAGAAUGUUAGCAUGCUUCUAGUGUUCAUUCAGUAAGGAGUGUGAGUGCCAGAAGAGGAUCUUCUCUGGUUCUCACCUUUACUUCUCCCCACACUGAGCCAAGCACAAACCACUUUCCCCAUCUCUCUCAAAAUAACCACAAAUACUUUUAGUAGGAGAAAAAAGUAAUAGAAUAAUAUUAGUUACUUAUUAAGAACUCAACUCUGGGGCUAAGGAGAAUUCUAUGCAAGGAUGAGAAACAGUUCAGACAGGUCUCCGGAGACCACAUAAAGGCCAGGCAAGCAAGGGCAACAGAGGUGGGGCCAGGAAGUUUUGGUGAAGGUGCUCUAUCCAGGCAAGUCAGAGCAGCGAGUGCAGGAACAGUAAGUAACCUUGCCUCAAUGAUGAGGUAGAGAGGCACCAAGGAAGUCACCUGACAUAGCCUCAGAUCUCUCCACAUUUGCACAGUUCCCUAAAUAUAUGUGAACACACAUGCAUGGACAGUGUGCAUGCACAUACACAUUAAAAAAUCUAAUUCAAAUAAACUCCAAUCCAAGAGGUUGUUAGAAUAACUAACCUCUUUUUGAGAUAAGUAGGGUUUCAUGAUAAACUGAGCCUGAACAUAGUAUCAGUUCCUUUCCUGAUCAAAUAAAUGUUUCAUAUGGUUCUUAAUUUGUUAUUUUCUCUAGCUUAGUGUGUUCAAAAGUAAUCUUUAAGAAAAAUGUCCUUCCUUCAAAUUUAAGAAAAUAUUUCUUUGGUAAAAUUGUUAUUCAUUCAAAGCAUUUCAACUUUCAACAUAAUUGUUGCUUUUGUUGAAAGUCUACCAUUUGGAAAAGGUGAGAUGUGGUACAUGCUUUUAUCUAAACUUUUAUGUGGAGUUCAAUAAUGAAAAAUGCCACUAGCCACUUUUGUAAUAAUACCAAGCAAUAAAACUCUCCAGUAUGAGUUUAUACCAAAAGUUUAACAUGAAGGCCCUAAGCUACAGCAUAUAGAGAAUCAACUUCUGAGAAGUGAUAUGAUAGUCCAAAUUGCUGAGCACAGGGGAAAGAAGGAAGGCAUCGUUCCAUGGCUUCAGGCAUAUCAACUGUGUUUAAUUUCUUUUUUUUUUAGAUUUAUUUAUUUUAUGUAUAUGAGUACACUGUCACUAUCUUUAGACACACCCGAAGAAGGCAUCAGAUCCCAUUGCAGAUGGUUGUGAACCACCAUGCGGUUGCUGGGAAUUGAACUCAGGACCUCUUAAUUGCUGAGCCAUCACUCUAGCCUUGUGUUUAAUUUCUACAAAGGCUAUGUAUAAUGAAGCAGUUUGUUUGCUCUGCUCUGUUUUAUCAGCUGUGUUGUACAUUUCUGUGAAUUGAAUUCAACAUAAAGGUUGCCAUACUGUCUUCACUGGAUUACCUACACCAUUUUUUAAAUAUAGGAAUUAACCUUGUAAAUGUUCCCUGCUGAAUUUUCUAAACAAGAGUAUAUGUUGCCAUCAGAACUGUUUAACUAUAAUUCCAUGGUACUUCAGGGUUGUUGAAGAGCCACUGAUGCCUUCUAAAAUCCUCUACUCAAAAAUACUUCUGGAGUUCAUGAUUCUGUUUUUUGGGGUAUUUGGGGAGAUUGAUUGUUUUCCUCCUUUUGGUUGAGGUGGAAGGGUUUUCCCUCCUUCAGUUAUUUUCAGAUAUCAUUUGUUUAUUUCUAAAGCUUUAACUUAUUCAGAGUGUAUUGUCUGAAAUGGAUUCUUAAUCCUCAUAUCUGUCAGUGUGUUGUCAUGGCAAAUGAGCAUGAAUAAGAGUAAAUCAAUUCCCAGAAAGCACAGGUCUUAUUUAUCUCUGUUGUUUUAAGAGUAGAAGGUAACUUAGCUUUCCUACAUCACAUGAUAAGCACAUGGUAUGUAUAAUCUAAAAUUUGAAAGACAGAACAAUCUUAGUGUUUUAUUUAAUGUUGUGAUCUUCAAGAAUGUAUGAAUAUAAGAACUGAGGCUAAAGAGUUCCUCUUAUUAGAGUUACAUUCACAUUUGUAGUGGAUCCUGUCACUUUUUCAUUCUAAGUUUAAUUAGAAUCAAGUUUUUUAUUUUCAUAUAACUAUCAAACUAUAGGUUCCCUAGAUUUUAAAAGAAAAGCAUUAGACUACUAGAUCUAUCUAAAUACUCUCUGUGACUUUAUAUGUAUAAAUGUACAAAUUAUAAAUCUUCAAUUCUCACCAAAGAACAAAAUGUUAUGUAAAAUUUAAUUUAAGUAUUUUAACAAAAUUAUUCACAUGUGUUUUUAAUGUUAUAAUUCAUCUUUACCCAAGCCCAUCAGUCUUGCUAGGUUACAGGAAGAGGCAAUGUUGCUUUUGUUGCAGGUAUAGAGAGAGCACCUACCUUAGCACAUGAAAGGAAUGAAUGGAGCUGGAUAAAUGGGCUGACUACUUGUAUCCAUGUGAACUGCUCGAGAGAAAUAAGUUAGAAGAUGCCUAUGUACUUGUUGGUGGAUGAAAUCCUUGUGCUCAGGAUUUGACCUUGGCAUCUAAAUUAUACAUGAUAUUAUCUUAUCAUUACUUUAUUUCUUCUUUAAGCUUUUACAAAGUAAUCUCAUUCUAUAAGCCAUUUUUCUGCUAUUUUUCACUCUAAAGUCAACUUUCUAAGAGAAGGGAAUGGCUAAAUGCUGUGUCUUUUCUGUAUUUCAAGAUAAAAUAACACAUGGCUUCUACAAGAUAGUUUAUUUGUUGGAAGUGGGGGUCACUGAAAGUUACAUAAAGAUCAUACUUUGCCCUAAAAUUCAUUGUGAUCAAUUUGAUAAAAAAAAUUAAAUCAAAUUUUAGUAUAUUUUAAUAAGUGAAUACUAAAUGCAUCAAGUAAAUACAGACCUUAUAGCCCAUUAUGAUGAGAAAAUUGAAUUGUGUAUUAUGAAAUAUGAAGACUCAAAUAUAUACUAUAUAUUAUUUAACAUUUAAUCAUUCAUAUAUAAAACCAAACUGCCAUUUCAUAUUUUAAGAGACAAUUAAUUGUUUUGUUUUGGUUUUGGUUUUUUGGUUUUUCGAGACAAGGUUUCUCUGUAUAGCUGUCCUGGAACUCACUUUGUUGACCAGGCUGGCCUCGAACUCAGAAAUCCACCUGCCUCUGCCUCGAGUGCUGGGAUUAAAGGUGUGUGCCACCACACCCAGUGCUAAUUGUUAUUUAAAAAACUAAGAAUUAUUUUGAUUUUUCUUUUGACAUGUUUACUGAGUUUCAAAGGGCACAUCAGAAUUUUAUAGUUGUGAAAAUAUAAACAUCCCUAUUUUGCAGUGGUGUGAAUGUACAAUACUUAGAUAUGCUGUAUAUAUAGUGUAACAUCUGUAUAUUUAAUCAUAAAGGCAGAUAAUUGAAAACAUUGUAAAAUUAAGCACUUCAAUUCUUGUUAAAUAUGAAACAUUUGUAUCUUGUAAAUAAAGACAUCCUUAAAUUGGUUUUGGA